GUUCUAGAAUAUAAAAAUUGGAUAUAUAGUAAAAUUGCUUAACCAAACCUAGGAUGUGGCGACUUGUUUCUCUUGGAAUCCCUGACACAUUCUGGGACGAACUGUCUGUCAUCUGAGAUCCCCUCCUUGCCACAAGCCCAAGCUGUGUGGAGCACUAAUUAGCCUAUUUAUUGUAUACUUAAUCCAGGGAAAACUUCCUGCCAGUUCCUUCUCCCCACAGUGUCCCUCAGCCGCUUGACAUCCUUAUUCUCUCCACUUGACACCCCAUCCUCUCCUCCUCCCAGCCUGGCCCGCAAAACCACAGGGAUUUAAAGUUUAGUGUUUGAUGUUAUCAUUGCCCAGAGACCGCGGGACACGCAUUCGCAGGGACAACUCGGGGAGGCCACGUGCUGUCCCCCUUAGGGAGUGGGAGAAAUCCCUGCGGCUCCACGUUGUUCCAAUGGCUUGUCCAAGCCUGUUAACCUUGUCUACCAAAAUGACAGCUAGAGCUUUCUGGCUCCUCUGUUUGAUCAUUGGAUCAUCUCCGGAAUCCCCAGUGGCAGAGAGAAAAGCCUCGCCGCCCCAGAGCAGAAACCCCGACCCCAGCAGCGGUCCGAGCGCGGAGGAGACACCGGGGCCACGGCCGCAGUCGGUACCCGAUGCCGCUCCUCCCGCCUGGUCGGACCCGAGGCGCCGGAAGCCUCCGCCACCCGCCGAGAACCGCGCUGGCUUCCGGGAGGCCCCGCGCGCGCCCGCCGGCCCGCCGAGCCCGCGCCUCCCGCAGGCCGAGAACCGCGCGUCUCCGCGCCGGGUGCCCGCGCUGGAGGACACCCCGCAGCGCCCGCGCACCCGGGCCCUGCGCCUCCCAGCCGCGCGCCCCCUUGGGCGCGCCUACGCCGACGCCCCCUCUAACCCGGCUCACCCCAACCGGCCGCGCGCCGCCGCGCCGCCUUCGGGACCGGCGCCGUCGCCUUCGCGAGUUCGCCCGUCUCAGCGGAACACGGAGCCGGGCGCUGAGUCCUGUGUGCACGCCUGCGGGGCGGACCUGGACGAGCGCGAGUCCUACUGCACGAGCGAAUUCGCAGUGAACGGAAUCGUGCAUGAUGUGGACGUGCUUGGCCCAGGGAUCCAGCUGGUGACUCUGCUGGUGGACCGGGACGGGUUGUACAAGAUGAACCGCCUGUACACCACUCCGGACGGGUUUUUCUUCCGAGUCCACAUCUUAGCCGUAGACUCCUCCAGUUGCAAUAAGACAUGUCCAGAAUUUAAACCUGGCAGCAGGUAUAUUGUGAUGGGCCACAUCUACCAUAAGAGACGGCAGCUCCCUGCAGCUCUGCUCCAGAUCCUCAGAGGGCGCCUCCGGCCAGGAGAUGGGCUGCUUCUAAGCAGCAGCAGCUAUGUGAAAAGGUUUAACCGAAAGAGGGAUGUGCAAGUUCAAAGUGCAGUUCACACCCAGUGCAUUUGAAUUUACCAGCCUGACAUUCCUGGUUCAUGAGACUUGGAAUUGAUCAACAAGCCAGGAAAGGUCUAGCUUCAUGUAAUGGGAUCUUCCUUUAGAAUAGGGCACACUGCUCCUUAUAUGAACUAGUUGCCUACUUCCAACUUCAGCAGCGAAGCUGUCACCUUAUUUACAAAAUGCUUUUUCAAUGAUAUGCUUCCGGGUUCAGGGCAAAGCUGUUCAACCAGUACCAGUUAUGCAUACAUAUCUACUGACCUGUCCCAUUAACAGAUCACUGCUUCAUGCUGGUUAUUUUUAAUUAUUUUAAUUUAAAUACAUUCUCAGUAGAAAGAGUUCACAAAAAAAACAGUUCCUUGAUUUUAUAUACAACUUUGAAUAGUUUGUAUCAUGUAUCAAACCAAAUUUUAUACCUAAACCAUCACAUUUCAAGUUCUGUAUAUAACAGUAAGUGCACUAGUCAGACAUGUAUGAUGGCAGACAGACCAAACAAAUGGGUCGGAGCCGAACACAAGUUAUAAAGUUUUACACUUAAAGAAUACUAACAGGCUUCAUUCAAGCAAAAUAUUAUUCAAACAAGUGUUUCUGAUGUACCAAAGUGUCAGAUAGUUUAUUUUCAUGCCUCCCUGCUCCUAAAAACAUGUUUUGUGUGAACUGGCAGCUGUCCCAAUGCUACACAGAUUCUGGGUGUAUCUGAUGUCAUUUUUUUUUUAAUUAAGACCAAGUAUCACGUUGGUGUUUGUAAAGCAGUAAACCUUGCUCUGAAAUCAGAUCUUGGAUGCACCUGGGUUUUUUUUUUUAGCCUCACCAAGCCCUGAAGGUUUGGGAGAAAGUAUCUCUCAAACCUGUUUCACAAACCCUGGAACCAAUACUCAACGACAGCUUGCAAGCAUGGGAAUUUUAAACUCUCCAGUUGGGUUAAAAAAGGUUUACUCACUCACUGAACUUGGGACUGAUUUUGUACUUGAGUUCACAAAGAUAUUAACACUCUUUUUUACAGAAGACCAAGCUGUACUGCAGUUCAUUUGAAACACUGAAUAGACAUCCAUAACCCAUGGUUGAAGAUGACGGCCUAAAGAUAAAAAGGAACCGCACUAAAGACAGCCUAUUUGGUCUUAAAGUAAAUGGACUCAGUGAGCUCAGGAAGUAUCUUUAGUCUAGUGGCAGUCUUUACUGGAUACGUGGCACUAUAAGACACCAGGGCAGGACACUAGAGACACCUCUUGAGGAAACAGCCUAAGACAGAAUAUCUGAGUGUAAUGGGAGAUACCGUUACCGUAUUUGUCUCAAGAGUCGAGGUCCUGACUAUUAUUCUGGGGUGAAAGCAUUACUAAAGACACUUUGAAGAGAAUUUUCCAAAACUGAGUGUUGCUCAAACCUAUUUAAAAAAUCAUACUAGAAUUGCUUCUUGGGAAUCAACUACACGAUUACACCAACUACUGGCAGUAGAGUAUACAGCGAAGGAAGAGCUUCUGGAUUGUAGUUUUAGGAUAAAAAUUAAACUCAGACAUAAGUAGUAGCAGUCACAAAAGUCAAAGCCGAAUUUUUAAAUGUCACCAGGCCACAUGGUGAUCUUGAGAAACACAGUGGGGAAAAGGACAGAAUGGCCAAAGAGAUCAAUCAUUGGUCGGAUGGUCAGGUGUUAGAACAUAGUUACAAACAGGUCUGGUUGAGAAGAGGAGAAAACAUCACUUGUACAUAGCCCACAAGUCAGAGUUUGAUUAGACUGACCUGGAACACCCGUUUCUGAGUAGUUUGGGAAACACACAAAAUCUGCUGGAAUGGUGUGAUCUCCGUGAUGCCGAAAGGCCAGUUAGCAUGUACAGCUGGGCAAACACUAGCAGAUCAGCUUUUUAGAAACUUCCUCUUAAAAUUAAGGCCAUUGUGUAAGACCAGGUUUGCAAUGAGAGGUGAGGCUCAAAUGGGUUAGAGCAAUGGCGGACGUGAGGAUAGGCCCAGGAACAGUGAAAAGACUGGGAUUCUCCUUAGCAGUCGAGGUGAGAAAGAAUCUCCUUUUCAAUAUUCAGUCAGUGCUUUGGAUAAAUCUUUAAUUUUAUGGAAAACCUCAAUUAGAUUCAAUUAGCAAGUUCCUAACCCUUUUAUCUUAUUGGUAAGAUUUUUUCUUACGCAUGUGGAUUUGUGCUCCCAGGACUAAGAAAGGACUGCGUGCACACGUAAUAGUUCCUCAUCAAUGAAAUACUCCAGUGCCUUCAAGAGUAACUCAUUAGCAUCCCUCUGAAUUAAGCUGCUAGUAUUCAAGGACAAAAAGUACUUUUUAUUUUGGCAGUAUCUUUUAUAUCUAUAUGCACAUUUUUUAGGGAGUACUAGCUUUUUACUGUCAAAAAAUCACUCAGCACCAUUUAUAUUUCUCUUAAAAUCAUUAAGGUUUAUCAAACAUGUACAUGCAACAGACCCGACACCUAUAAUGCACAACUUCAACUUCAGGAACAGGACUCUAUCAUUUAAAAAAAUACAGCCUAUUUCUUCAGUUGCAUUUGGUCCUAAUUGCAUCACAUCAGGUAUGAUCUUUUUUGGUCUCUGACUCUAAGUAUCUAGAAGGAUCUCAGAAUAUUUCAAAUUAUUAAAAAUACUCUUCACAGGGUCUGUCCAAGUACUUGUAAGACAUCACUUUGCCCCGAUAUGCCCCCCAGUCUCAUUUGAAGGACUACAAAUGUGGGACUUCAAGGGAACAGCCUCAGUUACCAAAGGGAGAGUUCUGCCGUGGUCACGGAGCUCUUGUCUAGCUCAGUCUGUAAGUGUGCAGACUGACAAGGCCGGGCUGACUCAUUACUAUCAGAUACACAGAAAGAUGCAGGGAACCUGCCUAACAGAAAGGAACAGGGAAAGAACUUUUACUUGCAGAUUCUGGGAAGGUGGAUUACAAACAACAAAUGUCUGUGUCUCUAGGAAACACUCCCGACUACUUGAAAUAUAAAAAGGUAGUUGUUUCACUUUAAAAAAUAUCUCUGAAAGUUCACAACUUUUUAAAAUCUACCUACUGUAGGACAUUAACUAAAAUCAAAUCCCACAGAUUGGGAUAGGAAAAAAGCCUUACCAAUAUUAUGAAAAUACUUUUUAUGAAAUAGCUUCAAUUGUGAAUUUGGCAGAUGAAACAUAACAAGCAUUGAAAAUGCCUUCAGACAAGGAAAUCUAUUGAUGUAAAUUUAAAUACAUUUUCAAGCCCAACAACUGGGUAGAAAAACCCUAACAGUAUCACAAAUGUACAUUCCGCUACUUGGAUUAUUGAAAGCCAAAGAGCUGUCAUAUGUGUAUCUCACUGAAUAGCAGAAGUUUGUCAAAGAAUACUCAUAAGAAAGCUGCUUUUGAAACUCUGUAUGGGUUAUAAGAAAUGUUUUUCAAAAAUUACCUUUGGAAGACUAAAGCUCUAUAGUUGAUAAAACUAUAAAAUGUUUAUGUAUUUAUAUGGUGGUAGAAAUUGCAAAAGGCUUUAUAAUAUUAAAUAUGCUAUGAAAUUAACAUCUUCCUGGUCAGAGGAGUCCCAUAAAAUCUACCUUUUUUGUACAAUUUGGCAAUGCCAACAGCUACAGAAAAUAUAUCAACCAACCAACCACUGUUUCAUUAGAAACUGCACCAAAUCCAAUGUCAAAAACAUUACUUUAUUUUUCUAGGAUGAAAUGUCCUUUUACGUACAAAAAGAAUUGCUGUUUAGAAUUUGCCACAAUCUGUUAGAAACAUAGCAAUCUAUUGCCUACAGGUAGGAAAGUUCUUGCCGCAACGAGUUUUAAAUGAUCAAGUCCAUAUAUAUCUGUAUCUAUGAAUAAAUAGCACAGAAAUAUUGUGAUGUGAUGAGAUGCAGAAUAACUUUAUAAUUCAUUAAAAUGUAGGGUUCUGGCAUUGGCACAGUGCAUACAAUAUGAAACAUUUUCAAAAGUAAAAGGACAAAAUAACCUAUAUUUUGGUUACCUUCAUGUUAAUAUUUUAAGCAAAAACGGUUUCCACACCGAGCAUUUAGUCUCUUUAAGCUUGUAAGCAAAGGUUUAAGUGACAUGUUUAUGUACAAAAAGGAAUGGGCUUCAUCAGAUAAAAUUAACCCAGAAGAACCUGUACACCUGAGCCUGUAAUAAGAAAGAACUGGGAACUGUAGCAACAUCUUUCUUUUAAGAAACUACGGUCUGGGAAAGGUUCUGCAUAACAGGAUGAUAUUAAACAGAAGGAAACUUUUUAAAAACAUUAAUUUCAGAAUUUGCUGGGACAAAGCUAACAUGAAUUAGUGCAAAAUCUAGUAAAAUUUUUGCAAAGCUGCAUAAACCAACCACGAUAGAUCUUCUAGAAGCUAUUAUUACAAUGCCGUAAUACAAGUGUAAUGUCAGAACACUGAAAGGAAAAACAUGCAAACAUCCCUCCUCUGUUGUUUCCAUUUCUCCCCCUACUGCUUGUGUGUGUGUGUGUGUGUGUGUGUGAUGGGGGGUGGGAAGAACCAAACAACAAAACUUAACCAGCAAAAAAUACAAAGAUGAUGUUACCUAAAAAAAUGCCCCCCACAAGAUACAAGUGGCUGUCUGUGGUUGCCUGGCAUCACACAGUGCACCAAAGAAGGCAAUGUGCGCCAUCACACCCGUCAUACCCCCUUUCCUGUCGGUGCGCUCGGUGAUGCAGCCGGACUUGACGACAGGGGGCUGGGAAUGACGAAAUGCAGGGCCCCUGCUACCCUGGACACACCCAGGGGCAGUAGACGCGUCUGCCUUUCAUGGACCUCGCAGCCCUCCCUUUCCCCUCAAAGGCUUAUAGGUAAUCAUUAGCGCACAUUCAAAGACACCAUCUGUGGGAGAAAAGUGAUCUCCAUUUAUUUUUGUUUCAUAUACAUCCAUAGUUGAAUUUUAAUACAAAAAGAAAAAAUUAGAAUCUGACAAAUGUUUACAAACAAGAUACCUUCAAAUAGAUUUUACUCAUUUUUAGCCUGGUGCAGAGUAAAUGACAAAUUAUACUGUUAUAUUCAAGGCAACAGAGUCUGUAGUCCAGGACUGCCUAGCCCAACCUUUCUGCAAGCUUCACUUUUAUCUACCAUGAAUGAGAAACUCAUUGUUGAUUCCCAGGUGUGUGUGUGCACAUGUGUACAUAGCAGCUCCUUUCAUAGAAAGAAAAGACAUCUAGAGGUCGUCGUGUACUUUUAUCUAUAGGAAUCAUGAUAAGAUACAGAAUGGAUUACAUGUAACUGGGGCUGGAUUUUAUAAGAAAAAAUAAUUAGCUGACAAAUGA